CCUCCCAAUCCAGGCAAAGAAAGCACAGGCAUUCUGUCAGAGGGAGGAGCUUGGUACUCCAUUCUGGUGUGAUCCUGGAACAGCUGUUUUUCCUCCAGCUCCGAAAGAGUGUGGUGUGGUGUUAAGGAAUUCAUUAGCCAUGGAUGUGUUCAUGAAGGGACUUUCAAAGGCCAAGGAGGGAGUUGUGGCUGCUGCUGAAAAAACCAAACAGGGUGUGGCAGAAGCAGCAGGAAAGACCAAAGAGGGCGUUCUCUAUGUAGGCUCCAAAACCAAGGAAGGCGUGGUUCACGGUGUGACAACAGUGGCUGAGAAGACCAAAGAGCAAGUGACGAACGUUGGAGAGGCGGUAGUGACAGGGGUGACAGCAGUAGCGCAGAAGACAGUGGAGGGAGCAGAGAGCAUUGCAGCUGCCACUGGCUUUGGCAAAAAGGACCAUUUGGGCAAGAACUCCGGCAGCAGAGCUUGGGCCUCCUCUCACAGUCUCCCUGGUGAUUUAUGGCCGUCUCCAAGGAGUGAAGAAGGAGCCGCACAGGAAGGAAUUCUGGAAGAUAUGCCUGUGGAUCCUGACAAUGAGGCUUAUGAAAUGCCUUCUGAGGAAGGGUAUCAAGACUAUGAACCCGAAGCCUAAGAAAUAUCUUUGCUCCCACUUCCCUGAGAUCUGCUGACAGAUGUUCCAUCCUGUACGAGUGCUCAGUUCCAACAUGCCCAGUCAUGACAUGCUCCCAAAGUUUCUACAGUGUAUUCUGAACUCUUCCAUCAGCAGUGAUUGAAGUGUCUGUACCUGCCCCUACUCAGCAUUUAGGUGCUUCCCUCCCACUGAAGUGAAUAUAUGGCAGCAGGGUCCUUGUGCGCUGUGUGGAUAUUGUGGCUUCAAAUCUAAAAUAUUAAAACAAAUUUAAAACACCUAAGUGACUACCACUUAUUUCUAAAUCUUCACUAUUUUUUUGUUGCUGUUGUUAAGAAAUUGUGAUUUACUCUCAUAUGUGAGAUUUCUAGGUGUCUUUUAAUGAUUCUAAGAAGAAUGAUGUGUUGUGAAAUUUGUUAAUAUAUACAAUGCUUAAACACAUGUGAGCAUGAACUAUGCACCUAUAAAUAUUAACUAGGAAAUUUUACUGUUUUGUGAUGUGUUUUAUUAACUUGUAUUUGUAUAUAAAUGGUGAAAAUUAAAAUGUGAUCUCAUGACAAAAACCCUAUUUUUUAAUCCCAUCUCACUUUAAUAAUAAAAUCAUGUUUAUAAGCAACAUGAAAUGAGAACUGACACAAUUAACUUAAAUAUAAAGUUCUUGACAGCCAUUUGAAAGAGGAGGAAUUUUAGAGGCGUUAAACAUGUGGGAUGGAACAUUAACCCUUUGCUCUGGGAAUUCCCUGAAGCAACAGUGCCCAGAGUAUGUUUUGAGGCGCACUGGGGCCUGUAGAGGCUACUGAAAAAGUGGGUGCCAUGGGAUGCUGAGUAUAAGAAAUGAUUUUGACUACAUCUCCUUUACAUAUUCAUAAGACGCAUUAGCACAUUAAAGGCUCUGAGGGAACCUGGUUAAAUUUGUUUAACCCAGAAUUCCCAGAAUUUCCUUUUUGUUUUUUUUUUUUCAAUCAGAAAUCCGUUUUUUUCACACAGGAAAUACCUUUCGACGUCUCUGGGAACUACCAGAGAAUCACCUUAAGAAGUGUCAGUUCUCCAGAUUUAUAAAAAUUUCAUGGACUCCUUUAAAUUCUGCUAAAAAUAUAAAUUUCAGGAUCCUUCUUUAGGACAGGUUUUUCUCUUUAGGGAAGAUCCAUUAACUCCCCAUGGCGGCUGACAAUAAACUUGACUAUGAAACCCUA